AUGACCACCGAUAAAGAACCACGACCAAUGCCCCUGAUACUUCGCUUGCCAAAUGAGCUCUUAAUGAUGAUAUUCGAGAGCCUCUCAGACAAUGGAGUUGGCCAGCCUUCCGCCACUAUCUCGUCAGAAGCCAUCGACGCGAGCCCUAACAAGAACAAUGCCAUCACGGUCGUCGCCCGGACCUGCAAGCGAUUCCGUGAAUUGGCUACAACAUACCUCUCUCACAGAGUGAUACUGCGCCGCUCUAGAGACGCUCCGGUGCUAUCAAGCCGGCUGAGGGCCUAUCCACACUUGGCCCAACGGGUCAGGAAAGUUGUGGUGUACGAGUAUAGUGAUGUACUCGCCGCCACUCGACCAGGCUCGACUCUCUACCAGGUCGCCGCAGAGAAACCUUAUUUAGACGAAGGGGUGAAGGAUCUCUGGCUUGCAAUGUUAAAGUCGCCGCUUUCUAAAGGUGAAGGCGUCCGUGCCUGGCUGGAGGUACUCCGAGAUCGUAUUUUGGAUCUCAUUGAGCUUCUUCUGCUCGUUCCCCGUGUAGAGCUCUUUCGCUUUGUUGGACGAGCGAUCCAACACAGCUCCUAUUGGCCGCCUCUCCGAGUUGAUGUAAACCCCUUCCAGCAUGCCUUGAUUGUUGCAAUAUCCUGUCUUCAGGAUGCAAACUUGUCAGCCCUCAGAUCUCGUAUCCUUCCCAACCUCAGAGAUGUCCACGUAUGUGGACGAGGUUCGGCUGUUUGGGAGUGUGCUAUGGGAACAGUAAUGCGUCUUCCUAAAAUAGAGACUCUUCGUCUCGAUCAAUCGGCCGAACAUGGCGGUAUCUAUUUCCCUGUCACCAUGGGGACAGGAGCAUCGUCCACGCUUCGUCACUUGGUUAUCACAACACCAUCACUGGACCUACACAACCUCUCCGCCAUGAUCCGAUCAAUUGGCCGUCUUGACACUUUUCACGCCAUGUACCGAUUCCCCUUUUUUCCAUCUAAUACCAUGGAUGAGUUUCUAGCGUCCCUCCACCGCCACCGCGGAUCUCUGAGCGAGCUCAAACUCACUGACGAGGUUCCCUUUCCCUUCCAGUACAGCCCCGUCCGGUGGGAUGGAUAUUGCAGCCUUGUGACUCUGCAUGUACCCGACUACCUGCUAUUCAGGCCCUGCAGCAGCGUAUCCGAUGUUCUUCAUGUACUUCCUCCGCAUCUUAUCUCACUGGGAAUUAUCCCAUGGACAUUAGGAGACCCAAAGACAACUGAAAUUGUCCGCGGCCUAGUCCCAAGUUCGCACAGGGUCAUAACUCUGCGGAGUAUCUUCAUACACCCAUCCCCUGGAGUUAGGAGGCGUAGCAGAAUUCGAGGUCUAAGCGACAGAUUCGAACGCCGGGGCAUCGUCUGCAGAUAUGAUCCAGACGCAUUUGUGACCAAGUCCUAA